UCAAUGAUUAUAUUACCUGCAAAAGAUUACAUACAGAUCAUCUCCUAUAAAACGAAGUUAUGCAGAGAUUGAAGAUUAUUAUACACCUAAACAGGUAUAACAUUUCAAAAUAGAAGGUGGAUAAUAUUGGGAAAAUCCAUGAGCUUACUGGCAGAAUGUAUAACACCAGAAUUGAAAGCUAUAGAGGCAGCUGGUACUUGGAAAAAGGAGAGAGUAAUUGCUUCGCCUCAACGAACACGUAUUGUAUUAGCAAAUGGAACAGAGGCCCUAAAUUUUUGUGCUAACAAUUAUCUAGGAUUAGCAGAUAAUAAAGAAGUCAUUUCUGCUGCAAAACUUGCUCUGGAUAAGUAUGGAGCAGGUUUAAGUUCUGUUAGAUUUAUAUGUGGUACACAAGACAUUCACGUAGAAUUAGAAAAGAAAAUUGCUAACUUUCAUGGCAGAGAAGAUGCUAUUCUUUAUGCAUCUUGUUUCGAUGCAAAUGCUGGGUUAUUUGAGACAUUAUUAACACCUGAAGAUACUGUUAUAAGUGAUGAGCUUAAUCAUGCUUCCAUCAUUGACGGUAUCAGGUUAUGUAAAGCAAGGAGACAGAGGUACAAGCAUAGGGACAUGAUAGAUUUGGAGAAUAAGCUACAGGAUAGUAUGUCUUCGCGUUUACGAUUGAUUGCAACUGACGGCGUCUUUUCUAUGGAUGGCACUGUUGCUCCAUUACCAAAAAUAUUAGAGCUUUCAAAGAAAUAUAACGCCCUUACGUUUGUAGAUGAUUGUCAUGCUACUGGAUUUUUUGGAAAAGCUGGAAGAGGCACAGAGGAUUAUUUUAAUCAAUUAGGAAAUGUUGAUAUCAUUAACUCCACGUUAGGCAAAGCUCUUGGUGGAGCAGCAGGUGGCUAUACAACUAGUAAAAAAGAACUUAUUAAUUUGUUGAGACAACGUAGCAGACCAUAUUUAUUUUCAAAUUCAUUGCCACCACCUGUAGUUGCAUCAGCUAGUAAGGUUAUGGAUUUAAUAACAAACUCUAUGGAAUUUUUGGAUCAUUUAAAAAAUAAUACCAAUCUGUUUAGAAGUAAUAUGAAAGCAGCUGGUUUUACAAUUGCUGGUGACGAUCAUCCUAUCUGUCCUGUUAUGAUAGGUGAUGCAAGAUUAGCUACUAAAUUUGCUGAUAAAAUGAUUGAACAAGGAAUCUAUGUUAUUGGUUUUAGUUACCCAGUAGUACCAAAAGAUAAAGCGCGAAUACGUGUUCAAAUUAGUGCUGCACAUUCAGAAAAGGACAUAGAAUAUGCUGUAAAUGCAUUUGUACAUAUUGGAAAAGAACUUAAUAUUAUUAAGUGAUAUCCUUUCUAUUCAUAAAAAAUUUUAGUAAUUGAAAUAUUUUUUAAAAUUCUUUAAUCAAAUCGGUAGUAUAAAAAACAAAAAUAAAAGUUACACAUAUAUAAUUGAUCAA